AUGCACGGAGUGCGUCGUACACGCGAGACGGCUGAUGCGCGCGAGGCGCGGCGAGCGAAGGAGCAGGCCAAGCUCGAUGCAUACCAGACUCUCUCGGAUGAUAUCCUUUCACGAAAGAAGGCAGGCGACCACAGUCGUGAAGCAUUCGACCUAACCACACGAAUGCUAAGCACUGGACCGGCUCCGAAUCCCGAGUUCUAUACCGUAUGGAACUACAGGCGCCACAUCCUCCUGAACGGAGUUUUUCCUCAAAGUGAUCCCAAGGCGAUCAACGAGCUUCUCUCAGACGAGCUGGCCCUAACGUUCGCCGCGCUCAAGAAGCACCCGAAGGUGUAUUGGAUAUGGAAUCACAGACGAUGGUGCUUGGAGAAUAUUCCAGAGGGCGGUGAUGGCGAGGAGGGCGACAAGGACGGUUGGCGCAAAGCGCACUGGGGUCGAGAGUUGCUGAUCGUCGAGAAGAUGCUCGAGGCGGAUGCGCGGAAUUUUCAUGCUUGGGAUUAUCGCCGAUACGUUCUUGCUGGCAUGCCUGUGAAGCGUUCGGACGCAUCUGAGCUCGCAUACACCACACGCAAGAUCGAGGCGUCCUUCUCCAACUUUAGCGCCUGGCAUCAGCGCACCAAAGUGCUCCCUGCGCUAUGGGAGAGCGGAAAGCUCGACCGCGCAAAGAGUCUACGUGACGAGCUUACACUCGUUCAGAAUGCAAUGUGGACCACGCCGGAGGAUCAGAGUGUAUGGUUAUACCAUCGCUGGUUGCUCGGAGACGGGAAGGACAAGGAGCUUUUGGAGAAGGAGAUAGAAGGGAUCCAAGAACUGCUGCAAGAACAGCCGGAUAGCAAGUGGUGCAUGGAGAGCUUGGUACAUUACAAGCAGCUGAUGGUGCGCGCUCACUCGAGGACUCUGGGAGAAGACCGUGCGCGAACAUUACGUGCGGAGUGCAAGUCUCUCUUGGAGCAACUGGAGGCGCAGGACCCGAUGAGACGACAGAGAUAUCGCGACCUAGCGGCAAACUUGUCUGCCUAA